CCAUCGAUUUCAAGGACGAACGUCGCUCUCUCGUUUUCUUCGGCCUUCAAUUUCCCAGUCGGUGAAUAUCCGGGGUUCCCUCUCUCCCUUCGUGAAUUUCUUACUCCCGGAAAUUUCGUUGAGGCGAUCGUGUUUGAAAUUUUUUGUCUACCGGAGUAAUUUUGUAGAACGCUUGCAAAUUUCUACGUAUCUUUUUCGCUGAAGGGUCCUUUUGUGAACUGUAACGAUGCAUAGAAAGAGCAGAGGGGGCAGGGACGAAUUUUUUGAUUUUGGUGACCCCUUUGCUGGGUUUGGAGGCUUUCCGGGUCAAAGAAGCUUAAUUUCUGGUUUCUUUGGUGGACGGGAUCCAUUUGAUGAUCCUUUCUUCAGAAGUCCAUUUGGAAGCAUGUUUGAUUCGAGCUUCCCUGGUGGUCCUCGAAUGCCUUUUGCAAGCAUGCGUCCAUCUGGAUUCCUUGAUCAUCAGGCUCCCGAGCCUAAAAGGCCGAGAGGCCCGAUUAUUGAGGAAAUAAAUUCAGAUGAUGAAAAAGAAGCAGGAAACGAGAGUAAAAAUCCAAAGAAUUCAUCCAAGGAGCCUCUUGUUGAAGACCCUGAUGAUGAAGAGAAUGGGAAAAGACAGUUGCAGCGCAUAGAUCAUCACAGUGGAUCAAAUCACAGACAUAUCCGACCUCAAACUAAUAGCUUCACAUUUCAGAGCUCCUCUGUAACUUAUGGAAGCUCGAAUGGAACAUAUUAUACUUCAUCAAGAACAAGAAGGGCAGGAAGUGAUGGUGUGGUUUUUGAAGAAAGCAAGGAAGCUGAUACGGCAAGCAGACAGGCAACCCAUAAAGUUUCAAGAGGACUCCAUAAUAAGGGUCAUUCAGUUACAAGGAAACUGAAUCCUGAUGGUAAGGUGGAUACCAUGCAAACUUUGCAUAAUCUUAAUGGAGAUGAGCUAGACAGUUUUGAAAAUGCUUGGGCAAGGAAUGCAGGAAGUUUGCCUGGGUGGCCUGGGAGUACAAGCGGCUUUGAUAGUAUUGCUGGUGGCAUUUGCCAAAACGGUCAAACAAGCAGAGGUGGGUUGGCACUUCCCUCCACUCAGCAUCAUCCUCAAGCGACUGGAAGGACAGCCGUGGAAGGCUGGAGUAACCCGGGUUCCUCACGCGCACAGCAAGUGAACAGGAGUAGGAAAGAUGCAAGGUACAGGAGUGCCUAAACUUACAAAAUUAUAGACUGGAUUCAGAUUGAUCUCGUGCCUCUUUUGCGAAUCCAUUCUUCCAUUUCAGAUGGAUGCCCUUAUCUGUGUGUCGUUCAUAAUUACUUACAUACCCCUUGCAUAUACUGUGGAACGAUAUAGUUGCUGUUGACAAGUAUUUCAUCUUAUCUUUUUUCAUGACCAGCAGUUCUGAUGUUAUUUGAUGAAUCUGAGAGUGGUUUUAUUAGGAAAAAAUGCCAAUUUUAGAAAUUGAAU